CGGGAUAUGAACGACGUCAUCGGUCUCCUUUCCCUCUCUUUCAGUCCUUCCUUCUCCUUCUCCUUCUCCUUUGGAGAUGUCUCCGUAUCCGUACUCUGUACCAACCCGCCUAUUGCCUCGUUCUUUCGCUCCACCAGCGUCUGUGUUUUCUUCCUGCACUCCAUCACCGCGGCCUUUUCUCGCAUCAACUCGCAGAAUUCUACUACGCGUGUACACUUACACCCCGGAGGGCCCGGACGCAAACGGCUCCGGCCCUGUAUCGUCUUCAUCUCAUCACACUCCAGCCGUGUCGCCAUCUCACUCACCCACUUCGCCCCAUAAACCAUCCCGGGAGAAUGGGGAAAAUGACGAAAAUGACGAAGCGGUAAUCGACAACCGGGACGCAGACACAAGUCCAUCAGAGCAGACCCAGCACGGCAAGACAAAACGCGCCUCGGGAAGCCAACGGCGUCCCGCCUUACCUCGUCUCACCUCCCAAUCUCGGGCGCCGCCUUCGGAUUUCGGGUCCGAACAGGAUGCCCAAACGUCCCAGCAACCAGACGGCGUCACCGAUUCAUCGGAUCAGCCACCACCCCACCAAAACCAAAGCGGGCCCGUUCACGUCAGGGGGUCCAAAGAGAUCCCUCUCCACCCGAGGAAAGAAUCAGCGUCGACAUCGACGUCGACGUCGACGUCCAAGUCUAGGCGACACAGGGACAAUGUCUCACCGCCGCCCCCGGCCACGACGGAGCGCACCGAGGAUGUCUCACCCGAACUGACCCGUCACCAGACUCCCACUCCAGCCAAACCAUCACCACCAUCUGAAAGCAAAGACGAAGCAGCUGGUGACCACCAGAGGGACGAGAAUGGAGAACCAGAAGGGCAAAAUGCCCCCAUCCAAAUUCCCAAAGUAACACCCAUCUCCUCCGGCCUCGCCAUUCCCCCCAACCUCGCCGAGCUGGUCGAGGGCCUGGAGGGCAAGUACGUCGAUGAAUUCGGCAACAUCCUCGACUGGGACGGCCAGGUCCUCGGCCGUGCCGCCGGCGACUUGCCGUCCAUGAUCGGCCGCCCCGUGUCCUCGACGGGCGAGAUCAUGGACGAGGACGGCCAGGUCGUCGGCUACGUGGCGGAAAACGACGUGGUGCAACGGCCGUCCACUCCCCCUUCCCCGCAGCCGAUUCAGGGGAUGGGGAACGGGCUGAAGGUGGAUCAUCACGGUAACAUUCUCGACGCGAGCGGGAAUGUCGUCGGCCAUUUUGACCCCGAUCAUCUGGCCCGGCAAGCCAGCGGACGACGCACGGGCACAGGGAGUCGCAGUCGGCCAAGGCCGUCUCAAGAAGCUCGCGGUCGGAGCAGGCCGAGGCCAACAGCAGCGCCUAGUCCUUCUGAGAUUUAUUUGGAUGUCAAGUCUACAAACGACGGAGUUCAGCUUAUUAUCAAGAUACCCACGGUGUUUAAUGGAGGUGAGAAUCCUAACAUUCACAUUGGAAUGAGGUGAAAUCUCGGGCGUAUCAUAAUAGAUUAGGCGCAUGUGUCUAUAGCGUGGUCGUUUUAGGGAGUUCAGGGGUUCUGCAGUCCUUUGGACCCUGCCUGCGUCAACGUCAUUUCGUUUGAAGACGACGCAAAUAGAAGACGAGCCCAGCUUACGAACCUCGUAUUAAUUAUUCCUGUUUUCUUUUUCUAAAAUUGUCACCCCCCCAUGUCCAAAGAAACAUGACGAUCGGAUGUGACGGGGAAUACCGGGGGUGGGGUCGAAUAAGCUUCCGCCUCGCAUGUGGC